UGGGACUGAACCAUAUACAGUGAUUCAUUAUUAUAAUUGGGUUAUGUAUGUUCUAUUAAUGAUGUUUUCAUGUCUUUAAACACUAAAACAUUUUCUUCAAAUGGUGCUGUCUUUGUUCAUUUUAGCAUGUUAAAUUGGUGAAAAACCAGGAGCUUCGGGGGGCGUUGCCCCCCUUGUCCCCCCACCAGGGCACCGCCCUGGACCUGGCGGAGGGCCUUCGACCCCCGGAAAUUUUUUCAGUCUUUUUCACUGUGGUCAAAUCACAUGCCUGCUCUGUAGAAACACUCCCCACCCACACUGAGCUGCUGUGACUUACAUUACCAUAGUAACUAAUUAGAUUAUCAUAGUAACUAACUAGAUGACCAUAGUAACUAAUUAGAUGACCAUAGUAAUUAGUAUAUCAUGCAAAAGUGCAGAUUCCAACCAUUGAAAUACUUUAUAUAGUUCAAGACUUACGGUCCGGUCAUUAAUAGGGCUGCAACUAACGACUAAUUUGAUAAUCGAUUAAUCUGUCGAUUAUUACUUCGAUUAAUCGAUUUAUUACUUCGAUUAAUAAUCGGAUAAAAGAGUAAAAAAGUGUAUUAAGUGUAUUACAUACAUUUGUAAUUGUGAAGAAUAUCGGCAAUUGUCAAACAAAUGUGUUGUGUUGAACCACUAAUAGUAACAAUGUGCUUGUUAUGUUGUUUGCUUGGAAAAAUGUAACUGUGAGGAAGUUGCAAACAGCCCCUUUAGGUAAAAUAAUACAUGUUAUGCAUAUGUAUUUCAUUUAUAUGACACAUUACAGCUUUACAGAUGCCAUGUGUGCUGUUGUGUGUGUGUGUUGUACAGUAAAUACACGGUACCGUGUAAGUCAGGGGUGGGCAAUUAAUUUUUACCGGGGACCGCAUGAGCAACCCGAGCACUGCUGGAGGGCCACACCGACAAUAUUUCAAAUACAUUUUGCUCAAAUUAUUUUUGAUACACCGUAAGAUAAAUAAUAAUAAUAAUAAUAAUUUAAUUCAACCUAACUUAACUUUAUACAAAAGCAGAUUGCUUUUGAUGGUUUUAUUUUUAACACUGUCUUACACAACACUUCCUGAUGUAUAAUACAAUGCAAAAAUGUCCAUUUCUGUCACUUUAUCCCGCAUCCUCUUUAAAAGUCCAACAUUUUUCCCCGUCAGAUUUGGACAACCAUCUGUUGUCACACCUGCCAGCUUGUCCCAUUUCAGUCCUAACCUGUCCAAACACGCAUUUACCUAUGUGAACAAGUCAUUACCUGUGGUGGUCCCUUUAAUUGACUGCAUGGCUGCCAGCUCCUCCGUGAUUUGAAAGUCUGCAGUUAUCCCACGUAAGAAGAUGAGCAGCCGGGCGGUGUCACGCACAUCGCAGCUCUCAUCCAAAGCCAGCGAAAAACAGUCAAAGUCGGCCGUUCUGUUCUUCAGCUGAAGCUCCAAGUUUCCAGCGAAGGUCUCAACCCGCCUCAUAACAGUGCGUCGGGAGAGUGACACGUUCUCAAAUGCGCCCCUCUUCUUCGGGCAUAUCAGCGCAACAGAGUCCAAUAAGCACUCCUUAAUAAACUCUGUCAGAAAACGCCUUACUUUUUCUGGCGAUUUUGUGAGAAAUGAUGAAACUUGUCCUGACGGCUGCAUCUCUGGGGGUGUGACAUUUGGCAAAAAGUCCUUGUUGGGUUUGCAGUUUUACCAUCAACGCAUCAGCUUCAUUGGACAGAUUCCGGUAUUUUUCCUCGUGCUUCGUGGUGUAGUGGCAAUUCAAAUGAUAUUCUUUAAACACAGCAACCUGUGUACCACAAAUUAAGCACAUGGCUUUACCUUUAAUCUCUGUAAAGAAAUACUUGGCAGUCCAUGUCUUGUUGAAAACACGCCAUUCCUCACCAACUUUUCUCUUUUUAGCGCCUCGGGAAUAACCGUGCAUCACUUGUCGCCGUGCACCUUCACUCACAGGCUACACACGGACAUACGCCCAUAAAUAACGCUUUUCAAAAUAAAAGCAGCACCGUUGUAUUGCACACUCGACAUAGAUACGUUUUUAAAUGUAUUUUGUAGGGCCGCAGAAUGCCCAGGUCUGCUGUAAGGCAUAGACACGAUGAUUAUCGCCCCCUAGUGGAUGUGUGUGUUAUUGUUGUCUGUAAUGACUGCUCCCUGUUGAGAACAUGACUUUGUCAAAUGGAGACGAAUACAAAUAAUGGCGACUCACCGGCCGUGUAGGUGGCGGCGCUGUAGCCCAGCUGGUUGCUGACGAUGCAGGUGAAGUGUCCGCAGAGCGGCUCCUUGGCGACCAGCAGCCUGCUGCCGUCCUCCGACACCCUCCCCACGCUCUGGGUGACGGCCGCCCUCUCGUGCAGCCAACUGAAGUGGGGCUCCGUCCCCCACGCCUCGCCGCACACCAGCAAGGAGUGAGAGGCGUUGAUGCUGACCGUCACGUGAUGCACGGGCUCUGGCCAAAGGUCAAAGGUGGACAUGCCGUCUCAAAUAAACCUUCUUUAGGAAGGAGAUAUUAAAUCAAGUGCUCCUGGCCCCCUGGUGGUCGGUCACGGUCACUGCGUACACGCCGUGGUCCUCGCUGCUGUAGUCGCUCAGGUGAAGGACGCUCUCCUGACCUUCCAGACUCACGCGCACCUUCGCCUUGAUGCCAGCGCACUGGAGGCUUCCUCCCGGGCACGCCGCCAGCCUCACCCUCCCAUCGGGGGCGCCGCUCUCGGGCUCCCGCUCCCACGUGACCUCUGACACGGCUUCCAGGGGCCCCAACUCCAGGUGGGCCCGCAGGAGGAGGGUGCUUCCCGGGAUGACGUACACUGGAUCCUUGCUGGAGAUGUACACGGACACGCCCUGGACACCACGGGGGACUAGAAGAGAGGCUUUAGUCUCACGCUCACUUCUGAACAGCAGCAGCCUGGCAACUCUCCAACACAGGAAGUCCAUGACCACACCACCUGAUGCACACACAAGACAACAAAAGGAAGUGUUGAGUGGCGACAUGAGACAACUUGUGUCCUUCUUCUUCAUCGGCCUUUCAGCAGCUCUGGUGCAGGCCCAGGACCAGGUCCAGAUCCAGUUCCAGACUGACCCCGUCCUGGUCCUGACCGGCACGGAGGUCCAGUUCACGGUGCUGACCACUCCCGACGUGCUGUCCAUGACCUGGCUCUACGAGGGGGACACCUUGGGCCUGUGGGUCGGGGGCGGGCCCGUCAUCAACGACGUGCCGCAGUUCCGCGGCCGGGUCACCAUCACGGCCACGCAGCUGCGCAUCAGCAGCACCCGGCUGGAGGACGCGGGGGCGUACACGGUGGAGGUGGAACCUCUGGCCUCCACUGGCAUGACGGGGAACUCCAGACCGGUUCAGCUGAGGGUUUUUGAGGCGGUGGCCGGCGUGAGUCUCGCCGUGCCGUCGGUGGCGGUGGAGGGGGGGAACAUCACGCUGACGUGCACCUCGGGCGGCACGGAGGUCAGCUUUCAGUUCGGGAAAGGAGGCGUGGCCGUGGCCGAAGACUCCAGGAUCACCAUCGUUGACGGCGUGCUGGUCAUCAACCCGGGGCAGCGCGGCGACGCCGGCGACUACACGUGUACCGUCAGCAACCCGCUCAGCGCCCUCACCGCCUCCAGGAGUCUCACCGUCUUCUUCGGACCCGACACCCCGGUCCUCACCAAGGACGCCCCCAAGGACUGCGUAGGGAGCCCAGACGUCCAGGUGGGUCGGACCUUGCGUCUCACCUGCAUGUCCGACUCCCUGCCCCCCGCCCUCUUCACUUGGCAACGCGACGGCGAGCCGGUGGCGUCGGCGCAGCCCGACAGCGGCGUGCUCAGCGUGCAGACGUCCUCCACGGACGACGGCGGCCGCUUCACCUGCGCGGCCAGGAACGCGGUGACGGGCGGCACGUCUGAGCAGGCCACUGACGUGUCCGUGGAAAACACGUGUCUGGACGUGGGCGAGGUGGUGGGCAUCGUGAUUGGCAGCUUGGUGCUGCUCCUCAUCCUGGUGCUGCUCUUGGUGCUGCUGGUGUGUCUGGUGCUGAGGAGGCGGGCGCGGCGAAGGCGAGCAGCAGAAGCGGUGGUGGUGCAGAAGAACCGCACAAAUCCUCGGCCAAUACCUCCGCUUGUACCAGCUAAUGGCGCCAGGGAUCUGGGCCAAGGUCCCGACCCCCCCGUCUUUCAAUCAAGCUCCCAGGCCCGCCGCCCCCGGCUGCAGGCGUCGCAGCCGGGGGAUGGGCGGUGGCCGAACGGCACCACGCGCAACGGCGUGGACAACCCGGCUUUCACGCGGGACGACCCGCGCCCGACCAAUCCCAACAUCCUCAUCCAGACGGGCGGCGCUGGAAGCGUCGGGCAGCCUGGGACGGUCCAGCUCAGCCUCAACGCGCUGCCGCAAGGUGGCCAGCAGAAGAACACGCCCAUGCCCACCAUUCAUGUCAACCUCAACUCUUUCCCUGCCAGCGGCCCGCAGGAAGUGACCAGGAUCAAUAAUAAUAAUAAUAAUGAUCCAUAUCCAGGCUGGCAGAACAGCAACGGAGCCACAAGUCAACAGCCCGUGUUGGUCCCACCUUCCUCACACACUGCUCAGCGCAAUGCAAACACGCAGACCUACCAGCAGGAGGCGGAGCUCCACAAUAGCUCCGCCCACCGUCAGAUGCCAUGGGAUCGUUUGCGAGGAACGCCGGCGUAUCCCGGAGCCCAGUCGUCAGACGACUACACCAGCCAUGCACCUCUGCAGCACACGCGGGGUCGUGACCCCUUCACACGACCUUCCAGGACCAGGAGCCACUCGGCAGACGUCUGGGAGACUCGCACCCUCCGAGUGCCGAAGCUGGAACCCGCCAAACCCUCGCAUAAAAGCCCCCUUUCGCAAAGGGAGCGGUCCCAGGAGGACUUGAGGGCCCGGGGUCAAAGCACCAACCCUUUUGUGAGGCAGGCGGCGGGAGACCCACUGGGUGUUGAUACCAGAGCUAUGGCCGACCCCAACCACCUCCAUCUGGUCCAAACGCCACUAGGUCUGGCCGACCCCAACCACCUCCAUCUGGUCCAAACGCCACAAGGUCUGGCCGACCCCAACCACCUCCAUCUGGUCCAAACGCCACAAGGUCUGGCCGACCCCAACCACCUCCAUCUGGUCCAAACGCCACAAGGUCUGGCCGACCCCAACCACCUCCAUCUGGUCCAAACGCCACAAGGUCUGGCCGACCCCAACCACCUCCUGCUGGUCCAAACGCCACAAGGUCUGGCCGACCCCAACCACCUCCUGCUGGUCCAAACGCCACAAGGUGCAAGCGCUCCGACUCACGGCGCCGGUCCACCUCGCCAGUCCGCCACAGCUGUGGUCCCCAAGCAGCCUCAGUCCAGCGCCCUCACCCAGGCGGUGCUGAAAGCCCACACCAACCGGGCGCAGACCUUCCAGAACCGGAAGCAACAAACCCUCGCCGCCUUGCGUCACCCUGGCACGCAGACUCAAGCCCCUGCCACCGCCGCCGAUGGGACCCCGCGGCCGCCAACCCCUCCCACCGUCAUCCCGCUAACCCGCUUCCAGAGUCUUCCCAGGACCCGACACAAGUCAUCCCCGACACGAGGACCUCAUCAGCAGCCACAGCGACGCCCGCACCACCGACCUGGACACCACCACCACCACCACCCUGCAAACGUGGAGACUCAGGGCCACGCCCACACACGACAGGCUCAGCGGGGGGCGCCCAGGUGGUGACAGGCUCCUCCCCUCGCAGCUGCCACGCUUUUUUGUGGCCUCGUUACCUCCGACAUCCUGGCAUUUGUCAUGAAAAGAUGUCCGCCACGCACUGUAAGGCUCUCUACAGUACAUCAACAUAGUUUUACAAACUUUUAGCAGCCUCCCUAAGCACCUUUUAACUCCCUCUGUCCUCACCCUUUUUCACCAUAAUCCAUUGUUCUUUUUCUGGUUGGCCCAGUAGGGCUUGUAGCGCCACCUGCUGCCUCAGCCUGAAAUCUCGUUUGCUUUAUUUUGAAGGAGUAUCUCUUCAUUUAAUUCUCAAAAUUCUCUUAUGCCUUUUCCUGAAAUGACUCUCUUCAAGCUUCCUAUUGGCUAAAAAAAACUCCACCUUCAUGAACUGUUGGUGUUCUGGCGCUUUUUUUCCACAAUGGCUUCUGAUUGGCUGGUUUCAUCGGGGCUUAUAGCGCCACCUGUUGCACUUAUUUUCUUUUCACUUUGACCUUAACGUCUUUUUAAUGAAGGAUCUUCACACAUUCCAUCCUGUUUUCUUGGAUUUGCUGUUUCUGUACCUUUUUCCCCCUUGUAUCGACUUUCUUCCGGUUUCUGCAAGGAUUCUAACGCCAGCUGGCAGUUUUUAAGUGAUUAAAAGCUUUUAUUUAAUGUUUGUGGACACAGUCUGAGCAGGAAAUUAAUUACAGAAGACCAAAAUCAUUGCUGCACGCGGGACUAUUUAAUUUUUUAUUUUUCUUUGGCUGGUGUGGUUUACUUCCUGCCACACUUGACAAUAAGAGGAUUGGCCUCAGCCAAGAGGACUAUGAAGGGAUCCAAAUAGACUAUGAAGGGAUCCAAGCAGACUAUGAAGGGAUCCAAAUAGGCUAUGAAGGGAUCCAAAUAGACUAUGAAGGGAUCCAAGCAGACUUUGAAGG